AUGGAUAGUCUACUUAAACAUGAACGUUUUAAUGUCAAUCCAAAUAUUAGUGGUUCCUCUCAACAGCGGUCCCAUUGGUACAGAACAUUCGAGAACUUUGUAUCAUCAACGGAAAUGGACGAUGUGAGGAAGUUCAGUCUUCUUGUUAAUUUCGUUUGUCCCUUAGUCUACUCUUAUAUAUCAGAGUGCUCUGGAUUUCAGGAUGCCAUUAAGACUUUGACUGCCUUAUAUGAGAAGCUUAUAAAUGUAAUUUUCGCUUGUCAUUGUCUAAUUAAUCAUCAUCAACAACCCAAUGAGUCCAUUGACAAAUAUUAUCAGAAUCUUAGGACAUUAAGUAAGGACUGCAACUUUACCUCUGUCUCGGCAGAAGAGUAUAAAAGUGAAUAUGUACGUGAUGCUUUUAUUGCAGGAUUGUUAUCACCUCAGAUACGACAGCACCUUUUGGAAAGCCAUACUUUAAAACUCGUAGAUGCCUUAUCACAAGUCCAUGCUUUAGAAUUUGCCUGUGUUCAGUCUGAAACUUUUGUCUCUAAUACUAGUAAAGUAAGCACUAUUCAUAUUUUCAACGAAAAGGAGUUGGCGGAAGAGAAUUUAAAUAAUACCAAAGAUAAUUCUUUACCCUCACAUGUGCUGGCUGCCACUGAAUGUAGGUGUCCUUAUUGUGGCUACAUGAAGCACCUUCACAACAGAUGCCCUGCUAGAAACGAAGAUUGCAACAAAUGA